AUGGAUUUGGUGGAAUGGCAUGCUCCAAUCCUUAUGGUGAUCACUGAAACCAGGAUAAGUGGUGCUAGAGCAGAUGAGAUCAUUGAAUCUCUUCCUUUUGAUGGGCAUGCAGUGGCUGACACCAUUGGAUUUCCUGGAGGAAUAUGGUUGUUGUGGCGCUCAGACUUGGUGAAUGUGGAUGUCCUGGCAGCAACAGAGCAAGAGAUCCAUGCUUUGAUACGGGUAAGGUCUCAAACUCUAUGCUGGUUAAUUAGUGCAAUUUAUGCCAGUCCUCGUUUUGAAGAAAGAUGCAUUGUUUGGAAUAAUCUUAGGAUGUUAGCUAACAUGCAUGAUUUACCUUGGGCCCUUAUGGGGGACUUUAAUGAAGUUUUGUCUGAGGAUGAGAAAUAUGGGGGGAAUCCAAUCUGCCAAAGAAGGGUUAGGGCCAUUAAGGAAUGUAUGGAUGAUUGUAGGAUGAUGGACCUGGGGUUUUUAGGCCCAAAAUAUACUUGGACUAAUAAGAGGGAAUUGGGUAAUUUGAUUCAGUGUAGACUUGAUAGAUGUUGGGUUAAUCCGGGUUGGAAGGAAUUAUAUCCGGAAGCUAAUGUCACCCACUUAGCCAGGAUAAACUCAGAUCACUGUCCUCUUCUGCUUAGUUUGAAUCCUUUUUUAGGGUCCACUGCUGACAGACCUUUUAGAUUUCAGUCAAUUUGGCUGAGCCACAGUGACUUCCCAACUGUUGUGAGGGAUGCUUGGGCUGGUAGAGAAGAGAAUUUAGCUGAGGCAAUCUCUAGCUUCUCGACCAAAGCUCAAAGAUGGAACAGAGAAGUGUUUGGGAAUGUUUUUGCUAGAAAAAAGAAAAUUUUGGCCAGCCAGCUUGAAGAGGAGCUAUGGGCUUUGAAAUCCAGAACUAAUUGGAUUAUUUUGGGGGAGAGGAAUACUUCGUACUUUCAUGUUUCCACGCUCCGCAGAAGAAGCAAGAAUAAAAUUACCAGUAUACAAAAUAAUGAGGGUGAAUGGUGUCACAAUAUUGAGGAAGUGAAGGAAAUUUUUAAUACAAGCUUUAAGAAGCUGUAUACAUCCGAACAAGUGUUUUGUCCUAUUGCCCCCCAAUGGAGAUCGGAUUGGUGUGCCAAGCUCAGCCAUGAAGAUGCUGUUAGUAUGGAGAAUAUUCCCUCGGAUGGGGAAAUUUGGAAUGCUCUCAAAACAAUGAAGCCCUACAAAGCUCCUGGUGUUGACGGGCUUCAUGCGGGUUUUUUCCAGAGGUUCUAG